AAUCAAAAAAUCUCAAAACGUCGUCGUCUUCGUUGCUUUGCUUCGUUCCGUCGUCUCGUCUGGUGUGGAAAAAUACGAGAGUGCGUAAAGUUUUGCCCUUCGAUUCAUUCGACAAUAGAUUUUCUCAUCUUGUCUCGAACUGAAGUAAAUUCCAAGAAAUAAUAAAUUCUCUUGAUCCCUAAACCGUCGUGAAUAUAAUUUCCUGAGAAAUCCUUCGAUUCUUGGGCUUGUUUUUGGUGAGGAAAAACAAUCUCGCAAAAAGAAAACCUCAUCGAUUUGCAAAUUUAAUAUAUUUUGAUAUCCCAACAAAAAGUGAAUGAAAUAUACAAAGCGUUAAGAAAAGAAAUAAAUACCAAAAGCAAAAGAGUGAUAAAUAGCAGAAUACCAUAUUUGCGUUUUUCACGGAAGUCAAGUGUCAAAGGUGUUUUCAAAAAUACACAGAAUUCCCAAGAAGUCGUCGCGUAAAGCAAAAUCUGUAAUCGUCGGUCGAGAAGUUGAAGAAGUCUCGAGGAACCGAAGUCGAGCAACCAGCAGCGUCUGGAAACGGUAUUCAAUUUUGUGUAGUUUUUAUUUUUGUUUAUUUUGUUUGUUAUUGUGGCACCGAGGUCACUACGCAUCGCCUUCCUCUGGCCAAACGGGGGUCUCCGCUAAGACCACGACGCGACGCCUCCGGGCUCUCGGUUGUGUUUUUCUUUCUUUAAAUUUUUCGUUUCAUUGAGUUUCAUUGAGUGGAAAUCAAAACAAACAUCUUCUUCCAAAACGUCGUCAUCUUCUUCAUCGUCGUUGUCUUUGAGACCGACCAGCAGCAAAUUGGCCGCCGAGUCAAGCCGCGUCGUCGUGCCGCCAGCAAAACACGAAGGUGACAGUAAUAAGUGACAAAUUAUAAGAUUAAAAGAAAACUGGCGUAUCAACUAUAAAAUAAAAUCAUAGAACGGAAAUAUGACUAAAAUUUAAGAAAAUACCAGAAAGAACUCCAUUUUCUGUCAAAUACGAGUUAAUUUUGCCUUCAUACUAAAAUAAAACUCUCAAUGUCUAAAUUGAUAACAACAAUAGCUGAAAAACAAAAACAACAAUUAAUAUCAUGCAUAUCAAAUAAUGACAGUGAAAAAGUGACAUACUUCAAGUAUCAGAACACUCAAACGUCAUUAUCAUUGCCGUCGUCCUCAGCGUCAGUGUCAUCAACGUCAAUAGACCAUAGACAAAAAAAUGGCAAUAGCGCGUUCGAAAACUGUUGAUUAUAUAAAAAUUUGGAAACAUAUCAAAUGGCGAUUAACAGCAUUUAAUUAUUUAAAUAAAUAAAAUAACCACACGAGUGAUACGAAUUUAAUUUAAAAAAAUUAAAAAAGAAAACAGAAACAAAAACAAAACAAGAAAAUAAUAAAUAAAAUAUUACCAUAUUUUUUUCUUCUUAUAAAUAUAUAUUUUUUUAUAAACAAAAAGAUUAAAAAAACAACAAGAAAAUCGAAAAAGUUUCUGAGAACAGAAAAUAAGGAAAAAAGAAAUUAAGGAUAUUUUGCUUUAUUUUUUAAAAUUUUUAAUUUAUACUCUUUGUAUACCAACAAAAAAAAACUAUAUAUAUAUAAAUAACUAUAUGUAUAAUAUUAGUGUUAAAAUAAAGCUUUAAAUUGUAUUUUUUCUGUGCCGUACUUAAUUAUAAAUUAAACAAACAAAAAAGAAAAGUAAAUAAUAAAAUAUCUUUAAAUUAAAACACUAUACAAAAACGAAACGCACAAAAAUCAAGGUUUAGUUGAGAAAAGACCACAAAUUAACUAUUCCAAAGGAGAAAAAGAGGGAAUAUAAAUCUUGUGCCAUAACAUUUAAGUACCGUCAACGAGCCAAAGCAUCCUCCCAAAAAAAAUAGAAGGACGAAAAAAAAGUAGAACUCCUACUGAGAGGCUAUCAAACAUCCUCCCAACCAAUUAUUAUUAUCAUCGAAAAGAAAACGAAGAAGAAGAAGCAAAAAUCAACUUCCAUCAUCAUGACUAUUUCCGAAAAGUCCCCAUUAUGGGAUUCCAAUAGCCAACAUAAUCACCACCAUCACCAGCAGCAGCAGCAGCAACAAACUUCCUCCGCCGGAGAUACACUAUCAUCAUCCUCGGGAGCAUCGUCACCCUCGCCAACAGCUUCACCGCUGUUACAACUGCCUUCCACAAACAGCAGUACCACCAGCAGCGGUAGUGGCAGCAUCUCCAGUACACUCAAGCAGCAUCCGAGAAUCAGCAAGAAGAAGCGAGCUCCUGCAUCCUUACUGGCACAGCAGGAAAAUUCGAGUUUGAGUUUGAGUUCGAGUGCUGGUACUGGUGGUGGUAGUAGUAUUGGUCUUAGUAUAAAUGGAACAAGCACAGCACGUCUGACAUCACAUCAGCAGCCAUCAAAUAAUGCGACUUCAAUACCUGGGAGGUCUCAGAAGUAUGAAAAAAAUGACAACAGCACCCAUGGAUCGCCCUCGCCAUCAUCAUUGCCAUCACCAUCGUCAUCGCUAUCGUCGACGACCCCCAGUCAAUUCCAUAUGAAUGUCCAAUCCUCCCAGUCGCACCUCUUCGGGGGUGGCUAUUCCACCACCAAAUUGCCAUAUGACUGCGAAGUGGGGAUGCUAACGCCACACAUUCGAGCGUCAUCCUCGUCGAUAACGUCUUCGACGGCAAGUCUGCUGCCAACAGCGACAUCUGCUAGUUGUGUUAACUCUGGUCACCAUAGCAACGGCAAGUACUGCGGGAAUGGCUUUGCCAACAACGGCAAUGGCAGUGGAAGUGGCAGCGGCAGCCCUAACAACUAUGGCAGCAGUAGCUUUUCAUCCCUGGGAUGUUGCAACAUAAUUACUCGCUGCUGCAUCGGAUUGCCACUGUUGAAGGCGAUAAACGUUCGGAGAUGUGUCCUGGCGUUGCUGGCAAUAACGGUGGUAACAAUUUUUUACUACACACAUUACUUCGACACGGGUGUUUUUGUGGGAUUCAUCCAUCGCGACACCCGACCAGCGCCAUUAAUUCAUUGCCGCUUAUUAAAUGACAAACAUAUUGUUGGCCCAUCACAAACACCAGACCACCGUUCCGAAGCUCGACUUCGAAUCGAUCCAAAAGUUUUGGUAUUUGUCGAAACUACAUAUUCUCAAUUGGGUCGUGACAUUGCCGAGUUAUUAGUCUACAAUCGGAUAAAGUACAAAACAGAAGUUGCUGGCAAAAGCCUGCCGGUGUUAACCAACCUCGACAAAGGACGCUACGGUGUGAUUGUGUUCGAGAACCUGGACAAAUACCUGCACAUGGAUAAAUGGAAUCGAGAGCUGCUGGACAAAUACUGCCGGGAGUAUUCGGUGGGAAUUGUUGGCUUUGUCAGUCCGAGCGAGGAGUCCCUGGUGGCCGCUCAACUGCGCGGCUUUCCCCUGUACAUACACACAAAUUUGAGGCUGCGAGAUGCCAGUCUAAAUCCAGCGUCGCCAGUGCUCCGACUGACACGUGCCGGAGACACAGCGUGGGGCGCAUUGCCCGGCGACGACUGGGCAGUAUUCCAACAUAAUCAUUCCACCUAUGAGCCGAUUGAGUGGGCUCAACGCAACAACCAAGAUUAUCCCUCGGACGGGGGCCAGGUGCAGUUGCCGUUAAGCACAGUGUUGCAAGACCACGGCCACCUGGAUGGCAUCCAGCGAGUGCUUUUCGGAAGCAGUUUGAGAUUCUGGUUGCAUCGGUUGUUGUUUUUGGAUGCUCUUUCGUACCUGAGCCACGGGCAGCUUAGUUUAAGUUUGAAUAGAAUGAUCCUGGUCGAUAUAGACGACAUUUUUGUGGGUGAGAAGGGCACCCGACUGCGGCCGGACGAUGUGAGGGCCUUGAUAGCCACGCAGCAGCACAUAGCCGCUUUGGUUCCUGGAUUUAAGUUCAAUCUGGGAUUUUCAGGGAAAUACUACCACCACGGGACCAGAGAAGAGAAUCUAGGUGAUGAUUUCUUGUUGCGGAACGUCAAGGAGUUUAAUUGGUUCUCGCAUAUGUGGAAGCACCAGCAGCCGCAUCUGUAUGACAACAUCACGAUGUUGGUCAACGAGAUGCUUUUGAACUACGCCUUUGCCAAAGAGCAUCAUAUCCCAACCGAUUCGGGCUAUUCGAUAUCACCGCACCAUUCCGGUGUCUAUCCAGCCCAUGAAGUGCUCUAUGAGGCAUGGAAGAAGGUGUGGAACAUAAAAGUCACAUCGACCGAGGAGUAUCCUCAUCUGAGGCCGGCGAGGCUCCGUCGUGGAUUCAUCCACCGAAACAUAAUGGUCCUGCCACGGCAGACUUGUGGUCUAUUCACCCACACCAUGUACAUCGAUCGAUAUCCCGGCGGCAGAGAUAAGCUCGACGAAUCCAUUCAAGGCGGGGAGCUCUUCCAGACAAUCGUCUACAAUCCCAUCAACAUUUUCAUGACACACAUGUCCAAUUACGGCUCCGACCGUUUGGCCCUAUACACCUUCGAAUCAGUUAUAAAGUUCCUUCGUUGUUGGACGAAUUUGAAGCUGAGUUCAGCUCCGCCAGUGCAGCUGGCCGAAAUGUACUUCCACCUGCAUCCAGAGGAAGCGGAUCCAGUGUGGGGUAAUCCCUGUGACGAUCCACGCCAUAUCAAAAUCUGGUCGAAGAACAAGAGUUGUGAUUCUUUGCCAAAAUUUCUAGUCAUUGGUCCACAAAAGACCGGAACCACCGCUCUAUACACAUUCCUAAGUAUGCACACGGCCAUAGCCAGCAAUGUGCCCAGUCCGGAUACCUUUGAGGAAAUUCAGUUCUUCAAUGGCAACAACUACUACCGAGGCUUGGACUGGUACAUGGAGUUCUUCCCCAUCGAGGCCAACACCACCACCAGGUAUAUGUUCGAGAAGUCAGCGACAUAUUUCGAUGGCGAUGUUGUGCCCAAACGUGCACAUGCCCUGCUGCCGCAUGCGAAGAUAGUCACCAUCCUGAUAUCGCCGGCAAAGCGGGCAUACUCCUGGUAUCAGCACACUCGAGCUCAUGGAGACCUGAUUGCGAACAACUUUAGCUUCUAUCAGGUAAUUACAGCAAGUGAUUCAGCACCAAAAGCCCUCAAAGACCUACGGAAUCGUUGUCUAAAUCCGGGUAAAUAUGCACAGCAUUUGGAACGAUGGCUGGCCUACUAUCAACCGCAGCAGGUGCAUAUAAUCGACGGCGAACAAUUGCGCCUGAAUCCGAUCGAUGUGAUGAAUGAACUCCAACGAUUCCUGAAAAUUCAACCUCCAUUCGAUUAUUCGAAUCACUUGCGCUAUGAUCCAAAGAAAGGAUUCUUCUGUCAGGCAAUCGGAGAGAAGAGAAAUAAAUGUCUGGGGAAAUCAAAGGGACGGCAAUACCCAUCGAUGGAUGAGCGCAGUGCAAAACUCCUGCAAAGAUAUUACCUCAGUCACAAUACGGCCUUAGUUAAGCUUUUGAAAAAACUUGGCUCCCGGCCAAUUCCACAAUGGCUCAAAGACGAUCUAUCAACGGUAUCGUGAUAGCACGCAAAACGGCGUUCCAGCCACAAUCACCACGAUCGUUAUAACAACAAACGAAAACGACGCCAACAUCGUAAGCUUAGAAAACAUUCUAAAAAGAUUCUACACCAUCAUCUACAACAACAACAGCUGAUUGUGGACGAUUCAAGACAGACAAAUGUUGGCAUAAAAUAAAAUAACAUAAAAUGAAAGCAGCUUAUAAAAUAGUUAUAAAGUCAAUAAAUUAUAAAAUUAGUAAACUAAUAAGAAACUCUAGGUUAAAAUUUGACUUAUAAAUAAAAUAUUUAUAGUACAUAAUAAACUUAUAUAAUAAACAUACAUUGAAUCUAUAUGUAAAUUAGUUAACAAGCAAAAUUAAAAAAAGAAAAACAAAACUGUCACUAGUUUAGAAAAUAAACAAAACAAAAACAACCGCCCGCGCUCUCCCUGCAGCUAAAUGGAAAUAGACUUUUUAUUUAAAAUCUAAAUAAAUCUUUAAACAAAAAAAAAUAUAUAAAAUUUAGUAAAACAAAAACAAAAAUCUUUGUAGACUUCCUUUACAAAAAGUGAUAAUGUAAAAUGAUAAAUUCGAGAUUCAAAAACAAUUAAAUAAAAAAACAACAAAAGAAAAUAUCAGCAAAUACCUAAAAGGAAAAGAAUCUUGCCUGGCUUGUUAGUUAAAUAUAUUUAAAUAUAUUUUUAUUUAAAAGACCUAAAAGAUAUUUCUUUGUUUCAUAUUUGUUUUUUUUUUUUUUUCUUUAACAAAGUCCAAUGUCUUAGUAAAAUAAUGAAUAACUAGCAAAAAACAAACAAAAAACAUCAAACUCAAGAUUCACUCUUAGAAGGAAAAGAAACACCCUUUGUGGUAUAUAUUAUAUCACUCAAUCUUUUUAAUUUAAAUUUUUUAAUUUUUCUUUUUCUGUUUGCUUAGAUUUUUGUCUCUUAAUUUUAAAAUAAUGUAAAUUUGUAAUUUCUAAAACUAAAGCUACCUUAAUACUUAAGUUAACAAUUUUUAAUUUAAUUUUAAAGAAAAUACAAAACAGUAACAAAAAAGAAAAUUAAGAAAAGGUAAAAAAUAGAAAUAAAAUUCACAAAACAAAUAUGCGAUAAGUGUAAAGAUAAAUUAAUCUAUAUGUAAAUAAUAAACAAACAGAAAAAUGGUUAGAAUAAUUUUAUUUGUCAUGUUUUUGUCUGUGUUAAUAAUUUGGAUACUUUAAAAAUAAUAUAUAUAUUUUUCAAUUUUAAAAUUAUAAGUAUACUUAUGUAUCUUUUAUAUUAUUAUAACAUUUAUAUAACACUCUCACUCUUUCAAUGUUUUCUCUAUAAAUGUAUCUCUUUUUAUUAUUAAACAAAUACUUCAACCACUAAACAAAAAGAAUAAACAAAAUCAAAAAUCACUUUUCCCUUAAAAAAAAAAAGAAAAAAAACUUAUCUAAAAUUUUUCAAUCUCUGUGCACCGAUUUUCUCCAAGAAAAUUUUUACCUAGUUUUUCUUUUUUUUAAACCAAUAAUUUAAUUUGUAAAAAAGAAAAUAUAUUGAUGUAUGUAAUUCUUACUUACGCUUGCUAUAGAGAUGCAUGAUACAAAAAAGGAUAUUAUUUUAUUGCUUAACAAAAGAAUUAUUAAGAAAACAACAAAAAAAAAUAUUGUUGCUUAGAAUGAAAUUGAUGUAAAGCUAAAUUAUUAUUAUUAUUAUUAUUGAAAAAAAAUGCAAUGCAAAAAAGAAAA